AUGACAGCUCGAGACAGGGUUAACGAGACGGUCACAGUUGACGACGCUAUCUACUCCUGCGAGAUUGUGGAUGCGUUUAUGAAGCAUUUGAAGGAAGUGGACAAGGUAGCUGUAGCCGGACUGCAGUACCAGGAUUAUUAUGAUGCACAGUACAAACAUUUCAGCAGCAACGCAUCCGUAGACAUGCAGAUGUUGAACUAUCAGGAUCGACAUCAGGCUAGUUGUGCUUACGGAUACGUAAAGGUGAGACAAGUGGCUGAGCAAGAGAAAGUCUCAGAAGAGGAAAUCUCGAAUAGAGUGCGACAGGUCAAAAAAAUGUUCAAGGUUCCAAACUUGGAACGACGCAGAAAUUUGGCUGACUUGGAAGAGGAGUUUUUGGAAAUGGAUGACUACGACGAAGGUCUGAGAACUCAUACUGAAACUGAAGAAGUUGGCAUAGACCGAGAAGUUGCGGUGGGUGUAGGAGCUGAGUUAGAAGUAGUUGAUGAAAAUCCAAAACGACGACAAUCGCGUGUUACAAAAGUGAAGGCAUCGCCGAUAAAGCGUGCAAGAGUUUCACCAGCGUUGGAAGAAGUCCCAAAAGAUAGUGGUAAUGAUGAACCAGUCCAGCGCAUUGUCAUAGAUGAUGUGGACGAUUCCAACGAUGAGGACGACACUAUGCUUGCUUUACUUGCAAAACGAUUUGGCUCUGAUUUUCCAAGCAUGCAGUUACAAUAUCUGAACAACGUUCCCUACAUCGAUGUCGAUGGUUUAACACCACUUAAUACGUUGACCUCCCAUGGUUACAAGCGAGAAAUGCCUACUAUCAACGGACGAGGUGUUUACGCAAAAGUAAAUAUUGCUAAGUGGCUGUUGCCGAUUAUCGUGGCUAGCUAUCGUGGAAAAAAUGAAGAAGUAACCAAACCGUACUUGAACAAGCUAAACAAAGAGCAGCGCGAUAGAGUAGCCACCUAUUGGACGGGUAUGGUGGAGGCUGAUUGCAAAUACAUCGUACUUGCACAUUGUGAAUCCUACCUAUAA